ACCCUUUAGGUCAGACGUCUUUAUAGACGUUGGACCUAUAUAGGUAAGAUGUCUCUAUAGAUGUCAGACCUAUAUAGGUCAGACGUCUCUGAGGUUGCUUCUGACUCAUGGUGAUUCGAGUUUACAACUUUAUAUUUUAGUUGAAGAGAAUGUAUUGUACAUUUUUUUUAUUGGAUGGUUUUAAAAACAUAGUGGAAGGAAUUGAAGGAGUGCAAAACGCAAGAAAUUGUCGCCGAAGAACGCCGCCCAAGGACACGAGAAUAACUGCACCAAAACCCAACGAAAACGCAUUUUAAUCGGUUCAAAUUAAAUAUAAUGCAUCAAAGAGUGAUGUAAUCGGAGUAAAAUUAAUUUAAACGGUGCAAAAGUGAGAAAACGAACCUGAAAAGCGUAACCCGUAGAGAGAAAACGCGACAAAGAUGAUGAACAAUGAGUGCGCGUAAAUGCUGUCUCGCGUUCGCGGUGUUUAAAAGCCGACAUUUAAACGCUGGUUCCCCUAGUAACAGACGUCUAAAGUGCUUUAGAAGUCGGAGUGGCGGGGACGUCUAAAUGGAGUCAAAAAGUGACUUCUUAAAUUUCUGGGUUGUGUAUUUAGAGUCGGUUCCCCCAAUAACAGACGUUUAUUUAGACGUCGGUUUCCCAAUAACAGACGUCUAAAGUGCUUUAGAAGUCAGAGUGGCGGGAUCAGACGUCUAAAUGGAGUCAAAAAGUGACUUUUUAAAAUUCUGGGUUGUGUAUUUAGACGUCAGUUUCCCCAAUAACAGACGUCUAAAGUGCUUUAGAAGUCGGUUCCCCCAUAACAGACGUCUAAAUAGAAAAAAAAAUUAUUUUUUUUUAACUUUUUCGUAUAGUUUUGGUGUCUAUUCGGAGGAGCCAACAUAUAUGAGUAUUUAGACGUGGGCCCCUCCAUAACCGACGUCUAAAUAGUUGUUUUAUUUACGAAAAAUGUCACAAUCAUUUUUUACUUUGGAUAUUCGAGAGUCAGACGUAUAUAAAGGGUGGCGUUAAAGGUUUUUUUGCACUAAAUAUUUAUAUUAGUUCGAGUCUGAAAGGAACAGGACAAGGAGCAAAGAACAUUUACUAUUGAUGAUUUGCAUACUCUUUACGCCAAGAGAAACUGAACAUGAAAAAUUAAGGAGACAAAUAAUGCAGAGCAAAGUUAAUGACUAGAUAGUUUUCCUUUUUCUAGUUUUCUCCUACAGUUCUAAACUCUACACAAAUAUAUUAGCAAGUCCUUCUACAUAUUAGUGUUUGAUCAUUGCACUCUUUAAGGGAAUGCAUAUGCAUUUCUGAAAUAUCUAAGAACCAUUAAAAAAAUACUAAUUUAUGAUGAUUUACAGUCCAGAUAGAAUCUUAUCCCUUCACACGUACAUCGAUGUUGCCAAUAGGCACAAAGUGACAAAUUUGCAAAUCCUACGGAUUAUUCAUUUCUCAAAUUAUACCAAGGUAUAUAGAUGCCGGCAAGAAGGGUAUAAUUCCCAUCAAACUGUUUUAGAUUUGAAUCGUACAGCAAGAUAUGCAUUUAGCUUCAUUGGUUGCAAAAUUAUCAGUAUUUGAAUGAAGACAAACAUGCACUUGGUUAACUCCGUACCAACUCGUAUAAAUAGGGCUUCGUCAUAGUUGUUCUUUCCUUUUCGCCAACGUUGCUAUUUUCUCUAGUAUAGAGAAAGAGCAGAAAAUUAUGAAGAAUCAAAACAGGAAAAAACGAAGGGAAGUUGAGUGUAACAAAGAUGAUUAUAUCAGCAAACUUCCCAAUAGCAUUUUGUGCAACAUUUUGUCAUCUCUCAAAGUGAGGGAAGGUGUGAGGACCAGUACUCUCUCAUCCAAAUGGGAGCACAUUUACGCUAAUCCAACAAACCUGAUUUUGGAUGGAGACAAUAUACUAAAGAGAGAUCACUUGGCUAGCAAUGUUUGGCGGUAUCAAACCGAGGAGCAAAGGUCCAAAUUCAACACGGACAGAACCUUAGCCUUCGUCAGUAAUGUCAACGAGUACUUGUCAAAUGUCGAACAGGUUCAAAAGAUUCACAUGUUAAGUGUUUGCUUCCCAUUUGGCAACAACAGCUAUGGAUCAAGUGAUCUUGAUGAGUGGAUUCGUUUUGCCAUGAAGAAAAAAGUGGAAGAGAUUGAUCUUUUCUUGUUGGAAGAAGAGAAUCACCUCAUUGCUCCAAAUGAUGCCUCCCUCCAUGUCUUUCCUUGUGAUAUUGUUGGCAACAAAGAGGGUGCAAGUGAAGGUGCAAGUGGCUUCAAGUCAUCUCUCAAGUGUCUGCGCUUGGCGCAUUGUGUUCUUGCCCCCCACAUGUCAUAUAACCAUGGUUUCAGCACACUCACAACAAUGGACCUCUUCCUAGUGGAUCUGAAAUCUGAGGUGCAUCUCCGGUUUUUGUUGUCUAGCUUAAGGAACCUCGAAUGGUUGGGGUUGUUUGAGUGUUACAACAUAGAAAACCUGGUAAUAGAGAAUCCUUUUUGCCAGAAAUUGAAGUACCUGAACGUGAGUCUUUGCCAACAAUUGAAGAAACUUGUGCUCCACAACACCAGUUUGGAGACCUUGGAAUACAAGGGAAGAGAAGUUGAACUCGUGUUUGAUGCGCCCAGACUUACAACUUUCUACAGUCCUGUGAGUGACACUUCUGCUUGUCAUAAGAAGCUUUGGCCAAUCCUCAAACUUCCCACUGUUCUACCCCAGAUGGAAACUUUGAUCCUGCAGUGCAGUUGUUUCAUGGGUAAGGUUAUUGAAAACAGAUUGUCUGCAUUAACAUUUCCAUGGCUGAGGCAUCUUGAAGUUAUUAAAGCGACUGCAGUUCGACAGGAUCUGGGGUGGGUAGCCAUAAUUCUUAAGACAUGCCCUGUACUCCGAAGACUAGAGUUACACUUAAGGACUUAUUAUUGCUGUAUUGAAGAUGAGGUAAGCGAAAGUGAUUGGCCUGAGAAAUUCUCACAUGAACAUCUGAAGGAAGUGGUAAUAACUGGUGUUAGAGGACACUCCAGUGAAAUUGAAAUUGCAAUUUAUCUUCUGAGGAUUGCACCUGUGCUGGAGAAGAUGACCAUAGACCCAAGUGCAAAAGUUUACCUUGGCAAGGGUAAAUGGGGUCACGAAGAUAUUUUGGAGGAUUGGAGCAACAAGGGGAGGGAGAAGGUUCACAAACAUCUAAAUCAGGAAGCUAAUUCUUCAACAGUGGAAUUGCUUAUAAAGUAA